AUGCUCAUUCAUGUUAAAGGCCAUCCCCACUUACCAGCGGCUGCUCUUCUCCCCCCUCCGCCCGCCCUUGCAGCUCUCCCUCUCGUCCGGCCCCUCUCCCUGUCCGCUGACCCAUCCCUUGACCUCUCCUCACCGCAUGCGGAUUUGGAUUCUCUCCUGCCGGCCACUGGCGCAGUGCUGCUGCUGCACGAUAGGGAAGCCUAUUCAGGAAUCACCUCCUUUCUUACUGCCUUUCCCCUGGUCCCCUUGCAGCUCUCACUCUCCUCCGGUCCCUCCCUUGACCUCUCCUCGCCGCAUGCGGAUUUGGCCUCCCUCCUGCCGGCCACUGGUGCGGUGCUGCUGCUGCACGAUCGGGGGAGGCUGGGGGCAGAGGGGGAGACGGGGGAGAAGGGUUCAGAGGGGGCGGAGGGAGAGAAGGGGCCGACGGUGGAGGAAGGAAAGGAGGGUGGUACGGGGGAGAGCAGCAGGGAGGAUGAUGCAGAGCUUGCAAGGCGACUGCAGGAGGAGGAGGAUGCAGCAUUGGCACAGCAGAUGCAGCAGUCAGAAGCACAUGCCAUGCAGGCCAUGCUGCAGCAGAUGAGGGGGCAGCAGCAGCCGCCACAGCAGCAGCAGGGUCAGGCGGCUUUGGAGAGGCGGCUGCUGUCGCUGUGGAGCAAUGUCAUGCAGUACGAGGAUCCAUCACGCCAAGCCAAGGCGCGCUCGCUCAUUCCCCUGCAACAGCUGGAGGAGGCCGCUGCAGUCUCCCUAGCCAAGCAAGGCCAGUACCAGCCGUCAGAGGAAGAGUUUCGUGACGCUCUGUUGAGGCAGCUACUGGUCUGGUUCAAGUCCUGGUUCAGAUGGGUGGACUCCCCUCCAUGCCCCCGCUGCCGCACCCCCACCUGUGCCUUCCACGGCAGCAGCACUCCAUCCACUGAUGAUCUGCUAUGGGGGGGGGAGCGGGUGGAGCUGCACAGGUGCAAGCAGUGCGGCACGGUGGCUCGCUUCGUGCGGUACAACGACCCUGCCAAGCUUCUGGACACCAGGGAGGGCCGCUGUGGCGAGUGGGCCAAUGCCUUCACUCUCUGCUGCCGGGCUUUGGGCUAUGAUGCCAGGCAGGCAGUGGAUUGGACGGAUCAUGUGUGGACGGAGUGCUACUCGCAUGCCAAGCAGAGGUGGCUGCAUCUGGACCCGUGUGAAGCAGCCUUUGACACGCCUCUGCUCUACGAAAAAGGGUGGGGCAAGAAGCUGUUGUGGGGCAAGAAGCUGUCGUACGUGUUUGGAGUGGGGAGGGAUGGGGUUGCUGACGUCAUCAGAAGAUACACACGAAAAUGGAGCGAGCUCCAGCACAGGCGGACAGAAGCAUCAGAGGCAGCUGUGGCAACGGCAGUGGCAGCGGUGACAGCAAGAGCUCGAGCCAGUCUUAAUGUGGACGAGAGGAGGCGGUUGGAGGAGAGGGAUGCGAGGGAGAGAGAGGAGCUGAGUGGAGGGAGGGGAGGAGGGAAGGAGGGAGGAGGAGAAGAGGGAGGGGUAAGGGAUGGUGUGGUGUUGGGAGGGAGGCAGACUGGUUCUGUGGAGUGGAGAGCAGCGAGGGGGGAACUGGGGUUGGAGAAUGGUGAGGGUGAUGGGGGGGACAAGGGGAAAGAGGGGAAGGAUGGGAGGUUGGAGAGGAGGAUGGUGGAUGAGCAUGUGGGUGCACCGCUGCUUGCUGUAGGGGACAUGUGUCGUUAUGUUAUUGGCUCUCCAAGUCUUGAAGCAGCAUCAGCAGCAGCAGAAACAGCGCAGAAGUCGCUAGGCACAUCUUUAGACGCUCUCCUCUCUCUGCUCUCUGUUCUCCGCUCGCUCCCCUUCCGCUCCCGCUCGUUGCCAUUCAACGACAAUCGAUGCGAUCCCUUUCGCACGAUACUCUUGGAUGCACUGGCGACGUCUACGGUUGGUGGGACUGGUGGUGCGGUUGCUGCUUCCGGUACCUCUGCUGGUAGUGGUGGCUCUUCUGCUGCUGCUGUUCCCCUGCUAUCCCUCCUGACUGCCAUGGGGGUUCAGAUCUGGAAGGAGGAGGAGGGAGAGAAGGAGGGGAGUGAGGGGGCGGGGUGGAUAGUCGGGGUGAAGGAGUGUGAAGCUGAAGGAGUAGAGGGGGCCAGUGCAGAGGCGAGGAAAGAAAAGGGGGGAGUAGUGGCGGAGGAAAAAGGGGUGGGAGGGUGGAGGUACGGAAAACGGGCUGUGCUGGCAGCUAUGGCGAUGGAGGCAGCACAGGAGGUGCUGCCACGUGUCAAGCAGGCAUUGGAGAUGCGGGCCGGGAAUGGUGGGGGUGGAGAUGCAUCGUGGCUGCAGGGGUUGGUGCAGCAUGAGAGGGUGUGUGGUGGCAUGGUGUCAGCAGAUGGGGAGAACGCUCCCAAUGAGAUGGCCGUCUCAGCAUGCGAUGCAGCGCUGCACACCAAAUGGCUGCACCAUGAGGGAGGGAAAGGUAAGAUGUUCCCAGCUGCCAUGCCAUACUGGUGGUGUUCUCUAGGCACUGGCGGAGGGGGAGCGAGGGGAAAUAGGAAUCUUCCCCUCUGCGUUUUUUGGUUAGACACGCCGGUCAGCCCGUAUAACCGUGCCGAGCCACCUAUUUGUCCUCUGAACCAAAACGAAGGCAAAUUUUGCCUCUCUCGCCUUGCCUUCCGGCAACCACUCUUCACGGGGAAGUGGGACAGCCAGAGAAGAGAGGAGCUGGGGGUAGGAACACCAACGUUCUACCCGUGA